AUGAAGAGAAUUGCGCUGAGAUUCCGCCGGGCGAGCGGCGGACCUUGGAACAUAGAAAACGAGGAGGUUCAGAUCCAAAACAGCAACGUUCAGAAGCAACGGCAUGCGAGUCUACCAGUUAUUCUCACGGGUGUUCGGCGGACGAGCAAAACGGAGACGGAAAUCAACGAGAACGGAUCUAAUGCGAGUCAAAUUACUUUUGCCGAGAGAUUUUUGGCUCUACCGACGGAGCUGCAGCUCAUGAUUCUGUACAGUCUUUCUUUUGCAGAUCUCAUGACAGUCCGGCUCUUAUCUCGAAGAUUUUCAAAUCUUGUUGCAGCAAAUGAAACGCCCCUAGCUCGUCACCAUAUCAAGCAUGAAUUGCCUCCUUAUAUCUUUGAGACCUACUCGCCCACGUCAAUACCUCUUGAAAUGUCAUAUCUGCGUGGCCUUGCCCACCACCACGCAGUUGUCAAAAGAUUGGCGUCUAAUCUUGCCGGAUUCAUAACCCGCGAAAUAUUUGGUCUGAGUCGAGAAAGGAAAUUGAUACGCUUCGAAUCUCGCCGACGCCGCAUGCAGGAGCGAAUGAUACCGAGGCUUCUUCCUCUGCUCCACUUUUUCGAAAGUUACAGCGUGGCGUAUAGAGAUCACUGCACAGAUUUAUUUCGGAAUGGUCAAGCCUGGAGGCCGCCGACCUCGCUGGAGGCUCAGAUCAUGGAUGCUUACUCACCAGCUACGCUCCUAAAGGCUCACGAAAUGUGCAGGUUACUCUUUCAGAUUUUCAGCAGAAAGUUGCGGCCGCCAACCUACGCGGGGACCAUUGAACGUACACUGAGGCGUUGGACAAUGCAGCCGGGCACACGUCGGGAAGUGGCUGUGCUGUUUGCGCUUGGGGGUCUUGAGGAGGUUCUACACAUCCUCGAGGCGGAUUCCUAUGUGGGGCGACGACGAGCGCUUGCAGAAUUUGUGCGGAGAAUUGAUGAGGCAGCAAAACCGGGAGGGGGGAAGCUAGUGGCGCAACUGGAUCUCUUUCAGCGAGUAAAGGCAGAAAACCAUGGUGCUACCGAGACCGCAACUGGUGGAGACGGCGACGAAAUGAGAAAGCCAACAGCCGAAGCCCUUACGGGAGUCCCUGGCUCACCGCAGAUCCUGUCGAUGAUGCUCGAGCACCUGCCCAUCGAUCCAUACAUCUGGUUUAACACGGCCGAGAGCAUGUUGAUUGCCAAAGGAGCGGUGAAAAGCCUGAAUGAGGUCAAAUGGCCUCCGGUACUGAUCAAUGACUUGGUAGGAUACAAUUUUCUCCAUGAAGCUGUGCGCCUGGACGAAGAGCUUGUCAACGACGAUGUUGUUGACAAUGGAGACGAAGAGGCCGGCAGUCCUGUUCCUGGUGAGAGCGGGGAUGAGAUCCAAGAAAGCCAGACACUUACUCUCGUGCCGUUUUCUACAAGUGUCUCGCAUCCCCAGGUUUCCUCGCCUGCUUCUCUUCUCGCUCGAGUACCAACUGCUUCCUCAGUGCCGUUCUCUCUCGCCCACUUCUGCGAAGUGCAUGGUCCGACCUCGAUCCUCUGUACUCAGGUUCUUCCUGUAUCCUGCGUGACGUGUUCUCCGCCAGAGAGCUCUUCUCCAGGUUCCGACAGUGUGCUUCUCGCAUCAAAUCCCGGUGCCCCUUCGUCCUCUACUGGCAAUGAAGGACGACAUUCACGACGAUCCACAAAUACUACGAAUUCUUGUCCUUCCUCUGUCCCUACGCAUAUCGCCGCACGUCGGCCAGGCCCGCCCAGCACGACUGGAACGACCGACUCGCAAUCUUCUGAACCAUAUCUGUACCCACAUGCGCCCUUAGGCGCAAACGCAUCCGCUACAACCACCGCUGCCUCGUCUCCUUCGCUCCCGUUCUCCGAGUCUCCACCUCGAUCUCCCUUGAGUCCAAAUAUCCAUAAUCAUCCAUUCUUUGUUGGUGGCUAUACCGAUGGCGAUUCGGCCAGGCGGUCUAGUCUUGCCGGACAUGACGAGGAUGCCUGCGCAAACUGCUCGCUCAGCCUACCAAAGAAGGUGAGCGAGCAGCUACCAGAAGGUGCGCCGGGGAGCCCAUCAAAAGAUGGCAAAGGACAAAAUGGCAGUCCCGUCUUGCGCUCUCGGGAGGCCGUCCUAGCAUGUGGCGGACAUGCUGAAUGUGACGAAGAUCUUGAAGGUCAUAAUUCCUUUGACAGCGAGGAAGGCAUCGAUUCCUCACCUAGUUCAAUCCAAGCCUCUACAUCUUCCCUAGGUUCUCACACACAUACGCUCACCUACCUUACUACACGGCAUCCGCCCGAUCCUUCCGCUUACUCUCUCCUACGACGAUCCUGCAUUCGCGCUCUCUCCUGCGAGAAUCUUCCACGCGGGACCCCCUCGGGGCCGAUCUCUUUUGGAGACCCAAUCGCAGGUUACACCAUCGCCUUUGUUUUUCGACUUCCUGAUCCUCGCGCCCGAGGACGACGAAGAUCCUAUGCGUUUCUUGCCUUGGGCGGUCGAGACGGCCGUCGAGUGUUUAGGGCUCUGCCCGAAAUUACCAAGGCCUUUGCCGCCAUGGCGGCGCGAGUUAUUGCCAUGGCCGAGCGCACCGCGGAGCGCGAGAUCAGCCGGGAAAAAACCACGGUUGAGGGCGGCUACUCAAAGAAUGUCACCUCUGUGUCAUCCUUUUUGUCUGGCCGCUCCGUCGACCCAGAUGGAUAUCCGCGGCGCGCAAAAGACGUACGCGCCAAGGGCCUGGCCGAGCUAGUCGGUAAGGAAGACAUUUUUGUCGAUCUGCACGUUCAGUUUGUGCAACUACUGGCCCGUCUCGGACGAGACUUUGGUGGGCUGCCGCCUCCCGAAGCGGUCAUGGACUCGGGGAUUCGUGGUGAAGUUGGCGAGCUUGGAUCCAGCUAUCGCGGCAGAGCCGGAGCUGGGGUCGGCGCUGGCACAUCGCAAAAGGCUCGCGAGACCGCACAGGGCCACGCCGAGCGUCUUGCUGGCGUCAGCCUUACCGAGAGCAGCCAGCAGAACUCUCCUGUAGCGAUGCAUACGCAUCCUCAUUUCGCCCUCCGAGGCUCACCAGCAACGGCAGUUGCCAGUCCCUCCUCUAUGGACACUACGCCACGGCAUCAGAUUGCUGUCUAA